AUGGGCAGAGCAGAGCGUUAUACUCAGGCCAGACUCGGCAUGAAGUCCAGGAAGAGGUCGGACUCGGCCCGGCGCAGGGCGCUGAGCACCAUGGAGACGGCCCUGAGGAAGAGGCCGUGGAAGACUCCCGGACUGUGGAACACGCGGGUCCACCACAGCAACCUGCAUGUGGCAAGCUUUGCUCUGCUCACUGUUGGCUUGAUCAUGUGCACCGCAGCCAUGGGCUUCGCCGAGUGGCGGAUAUGGCACAUGAGCAGUCCCCAAGGCCUGGCCCUCGUGGGCAUAUGGAAAGUCUGCAUCUACCAAGUGCCGCGCACCCGCAUCGCACCUUUCUGCCACAGCUAUCCGUUCUUCGACAGUUACCUCCCUCCUUCACUUCAGAGAGUCCAGUACCUCCUGCUCCUCGGCGUUAUUCUGGGGUACCUGGGAAAGGUCGCCCUCAUCAUGGCUCUCCGGAAUGUGUUCAUGGCGAAGACGUCCAAGACGAAGGAUUAUUUUCUGAUGUCCGGGUUUCUGUGCACCGUUGCGAGCAUCUGUGUUGUCCUGACUGUCAUCUACACGUACCAAGCCGUAAGCAACGAGCAGGGCAUUGACUUCCCACCGUCGUUUUCAAUGCCCUCCAGGCCCGACUCACAGGAAUUUGGCACUGCGCCUUUGAGAGUCCAGUACCUCCGGCUCCUCGGCGUUAUUCUGGGGUACCUGGGAAAGGUCGCCCUCAUCAUGGCUCUCCGGAAUGUGUUCAUGGCGAAGACGUCCAAGACGAAGGAUUAUUUUCUGAUGUCCGGGUUUCUGUGCACCGUCGCGAGCAUCUGUGUUGUCCUGACUGUCAUCUACACGUACCAAGCCGUAAGCAGCGAGCAGGGCAUUGACUUCCCACCAUCGUUUUCAAUGCCCUCCAGGCCCGACUCACAGGAACUCAGCACUGCGCCUUUGGUAGCAUCCCUGGGAGCCACCAUGAUGUUCCUGAGUGGUUUGUUUUCCCUUUUCCACAAACUCCCCUGA